UAGCCAUGGCAGCGCAGUUACCGAUGUCACAUCCAGGAUAAUCAUGGAGGAAAGAACUGCGCUGUGCAAAAGCAAAAUACAAUAAAAUAUCGUUCAAAAUUAGCGAUGCUGCUGUUUUUCCCCAUCAUAGAAGCAGAUUUUGAUUCGUCGAACAUAAACAGUCUCUUAAAUAUAAUGAAAAACCAGCUUGCUUGAUAUACAAAUAUUCGCUAGCUCCCUGCUAACUCUGACGUGUAAUUGAGACUAAGCAAUUUGUAGCGAUAUAAAUACACACUUUUUGUCUUGAUGGUAAAGAUAAAACAUAGUUUAUUCUCGCUUGCUGGCAAAGUUUGAACAUGUUUACGGAUGAAACGCUUGAGUUAAUUGGUGCUGAAUCGACAUGGAGAAAGUCACAUCAGCAAACACAAGAAUCAAGAAGCUGUCAAACUCGUCCAGUUCACACAGCAGAGGCUGAAACACAAGCCAAAGAUGUGUUGGAAAACAGCACCCAGACACAAGACCAGAUCAGCCAAACACUCUCUCUAGAUCGAGACAUUUCUGACUUUCCUGGUUUGGUGGACUUCUUGCGUAGAGUUGAAGAUGUGGUUAUCAGAGAGCUGGUGAAAAACUCCAAGAGUCAUGCUUUUGAUGGAUUUGAAGUGAACUGGGAGGAUCAGAAUGAGUCGGUGUCCUGCAUGUACCGCCUUCAGCAUGCUGUUGCUCAGGAAAGAGGUCUGCAAGUCACCAGUGUGUCCUGGAACUGCACUGGCUCGGUCAUAGCCUGUGGAUUUGGCCGUGUGGAUGAUGGCGAUUGGAGCAAUGAGAAAGCUUAUGUGUGCACGUGGAACCUAGACCGGCAGAACCUGAACCCAGUGCGGCCGGAUGUGAUCAUCGAUGUGGCCACUCCCAUCAUGUGUUUGUGCUUCCAUCCUGUGAGACCGUCUGUAGUUGCUGGCGGGCUGUACAGUGGAGAGGUGGUGGUCUGGGACACGAGCCGCUCACAGGACCUCAUUUUGGCUCAUACAGGAAUGUCUGCAGAUACCCACCGUGAACCAGUUUAUCAGGUAAACUGGGUCCCAGGAGCUCGCCGAGGGGAAUUUGUUGUACUGAGCGCCGGUUCAGGAGGAAGAGUUCUGUUGUGGACUAUUGAUGGAGCCGAAGCCAAGCUCACCUUGAGUUCUGGAUAUGCCCUUGUCCCACAGCAAAUGCCUCAGAGUGGAGCAGCAAGCAAGACCCGAGGUAGCACCACUAUAGGAGUAACCUCUGUUGCACUUUCCCCAUGGGACCUGGACACAUUCUUGGUUGGCUCAGAAGGAGGCCUUGUGCUCAAAUGCUCCUUCAGCAGUGAGACCGUAGCAGCAGUGCCCCCUGAUGGUGAGAGCGUGACACUGCGUGCCCCAAUGCAAUUCUCUUUCUCUCCACGAGGGGGCCCUAUACACUCAGUCCACUUCUCACCCUUCCACAGGAAUCUGUUUGUAAGUGUCGGGACAGAUGGUUUAGCUCAUCUGCACAGUGUGCUUCAGCCACGCCCCCUGCUGUCUCUACGUGUGUCCGAUUCGUAUGUGUUUUGGGUGAGGUGGUCACCUACACGCCCUCUAGUCUUUGCUGCAGUCACAGGACAAGGUUUGAUCCAAAUGUUUGAUUUGGGUAGAAGGUCUUUAAGGCCAACCGCCACAAUUGACCAGAACACAGGAGGUCAGCCAGCUUAUUGCCUGGAGUUCAAUCCCAAACACACAAAUCUGAUGGCAGUGGGCAAUGCAGAUGGUAGCGUCAACAUCUGGCAGCUCAGUGCGGAAUUAACAGAACAAGGUGCAAAGGAGACUGCAAUACUGGAACAGCUGGCCAAUGAGGUGACGGACUGAGACCACUCAAGAAUUAUUUUUUCCCCCCUUAAAACACAUGUAUUGUAACUUGUAUAUAUGCAUUUCAUGUUGAAACAUGUAUUUAUGCUUCUACUCCAAAUAAAACCACGCUGACAACGCUU